UAAUUUUUUAUUGUGUAAAAAUAAAGAUACUAGAAAAUAUUCUUUUUUUUUUGGUAAAAGUUAAAAUUAUCCAAUAUAACUUUUGGAAAUUUUUAGAAAGACAAAUCAUAUAUUUACAAAAAGAAUGAUGAAAAUAAUGAAUUUAAAUCGAUGAAAAUCUGUAGCUGUUUAAGUUUCAAAAAAAAAACCUGGAGCUAUUUAUUAAAAGUGUGAUAAGAAUCUAAAAAUCAUAGUACAGUAUAUAUUUGUAGAAUCCACGUAAUUUAAACCUUUUACCAGCUUUAAUAAACCCCGAAAAAAACCUAGAACUUGAGCGCCAAGUCUGUGGCAAACUUGAGCACCAAGUCUCUGGAAAACUUGAGCCCAAGUAUCUGGUAUAAAACCAUUGGGUCCCCAGUUUACUUUUCAUUGUUUCAAUUCGCAGAAUUAAAAAAAAAAAAACUGUCGCCAUUCUCUAGCACGAUGAAGAAGAACAGUGCUCGAGUUUAUGAACUCAAGGAAGAAUUAAGAGCAUGCAGGCAGAGGAAAGGCAUGACUGUUGACGAUUACUACAACAAACUCAAAACUAUUUGGGAAGAUCUCGCGACUUACCAACACAAACCUAAUUCGUGUCUUUGCGGUGGAAGCAACUGCGAAGAUGUGAAGACAUCUAGGGACGAAGAGAGAUUACAUCAGUUCCUCUUAGGAUUAGAUGCUUCAAUCUAUACCAAUGUUAAGAACGAGAUCCUUGACAUGGACCCAUUACCAAGCUUGGAACAAGCUUAUUCGAUGGUUGCUCAAGAAGAAGAGAAUAGGGUUUCGAGUAAUCAAGAAUUAAGCGGAGAACUUGCCGUUUAUGCAAUAAGUAGCGUAGAGGAAGAAUCUGUGGAGACGGCUGACACCAAUCUUGGCGUAACGGUCAAGAAAGAUGAAGAUUUCGGACAAUGGUAUUCUCAGGUUUGUAGGUGUGGUGAGAUGAUGGCAUACUAUGACAUAAGUGGAUGUUACAUUCUAAGGCCAAAUGCUAUGAAGAUUUGGAAUAUUAUGCGAACUUACUUUGAUGCUGUAUUGGAGAAAGCAGAAGUGGAUGAGAAUUAUUUCCCUCUGUUUGUAUCAGCUAGUGUUCUUGAGAAGGAGAAGGAUCACGUACAAGGUUUUGCUCCAGAGGUUGCAUGGGUUACAAAAGCUGGUAAAUCUGAUUUGAACGUUCCAAUUGCAAUUCGUCCAACGAGUGAGACUGUGAUAUAUCCUUACUUCAGCAAGUGGAUAAAGAGCCACCGUGACUUGCCUUUGAAGCUUAAUCAAUGGAACAAUGUUGUUAGAUGGGAGUUUAGCAAACCUACUCCAUUCAUCAGGAGCCGAGAGUUCUUGUGGCAAGAAGGACACACUGCUCACGCUACAGAAGAAGAGGCAGAUAAAGAGGUUCUUGAGGUUUUGGACCAUUACCGUCACCUUUAUGAAGAAUAUCUCGCAGUCCCGGUUGUAAAAGGUAUGAAGAGUGAGAAUGAGAAGUUUGCAGGUGCACGUUACACCACAAGUGUUGAGGCUUUCAUACCAGAAACUGGUCGUGGUAUACAAGGUGCAACCUCACAUUGUCUAGGAACAAAGUUUGCAAAGAUGUUUGACAUCAAAUUUACAAAUAAAGAAGGAAAAAACGAACUGGUGUGGCAGAAUUCUUGGGCUUAUAGUACCAGAACGAUUGGAGUGAUGAUAAUGACUCAUGGAGAUGACAAAGGAUUGGUGAAUCCUCCUAAAGUAGCACCAAUCCAAGUCAUUGUGAUCCCAGUGCCAUUCAAAGAUGCGGAUACCAAGGAGAUAUCUAAAGCUUGCUGUGCCGUGAAAGAUGCCUUGCGGGAAGCUGGUUUACGUGCUAAAGAAGAUUUGUCUGAUAACUAUUCUCCUAAGUGGAAGUAUUCACACUGGGAGAUGAAAGGUGUUCCACUUAGAAUUGAGAUCGGACCUAGAGAUUUAGCCAAAAACCAGGUCAGAACUGUGAGAAGAGAUAAUGGAGUUAAGGCUGAUGUUCCAAGAGUAGGUUUAGUUGAAUAUGUUAUGGAGUUGCUUGGAAAGAUUCAGCAAAACAUGUUUGAUGUAGCUAAGCAGAAGCGAGAUGAUGCUUGUGUGGUUGUAAAGACUUGGGAUGAGUUUGUUGAAGCACUUGGUCAAAAGAAACUCAUUUUAGCUCCAUGGUGUGAUGAAGAGGAGGUUGAAAUGGACGUUAAGAGAAGGACCAAAGAUGAAGUUGGAGCAGCUAAGACUCUUUGUUCUCCAUUUGAUCAGCCUGAAAUUCCAGAAGGGACUCUAUGUUUUGCUUCAGGAAAGCUUGCUAAGAAGUGGACUUAUUGGGGCAAGAGUUAUUAGGUUCAUCCGUUCAUUACAUGUUUGUUUCUUGUUGCGUCUCUCUUUCUUCUUCGUUUUGAUUUUGGUCUGGUUUUGAUGCUUAACCAUAACAUUUCAAGUCCAAAUCUAUUAUUGACUAUUGAUAUUGUUAUUGUUAUUCAUAUAUUCAGUAAGCUUUUUCUUCUCUCUUGUUGUGUGAUGCUCUUUGUUUUGAAGAAUUUCUUAUGAAUUUUAAUUUAAUACAGAUGUUAAGCAUAUAUAAAUCAUAAUAUCAAAAACAAACUAGGAAUUGACCUAUUGAUUUAAACUCUUUGAUUAUAGUCAGUAAGAGAGAUGUUUUGUUAAGAUAAUUAAUUUAAAUGGUUUGGCUUUUGUCUUAGGAGACGUACGGCCUGGUCCAAAACUUCUAGACAAUUUAAAAGUUUAAGUGUACGCUGGGGUACUUAAACUUGAUAAAUCCGGUCUUUGUUCAUUAUGAUGUUAUGUUUGGGUAAUCUCUUUAAAGGGAUAAUUAAGCAUAGUAAUCAUGGGUGUUCCAUUGUUCUAUUAGACUCCAACAACACGUCUCAUCACACUGUCUGUCUUCUUAAUUUUCUGUAAUCUAUUGCCUCCUUUCCGAAUAGUAUGUUUGUAAUUUAAAAAAAAAAAUCAUUCUAGCUCAACAGAAAUAUAUAAAAACAAUCCUUAAUUCCACAUAGAGGAUGUAAUAACAAUUUAUCUACGAGAGUUGACUGCAUUUAAGUAUAGUCGAAGGUUUGCGCUGCAAAUCGAAAAAUAUUUGUGACUUUCUUGGAACUUGAAUGCAAUACUUAAAUCUUGUUAUGAUUGUUUAUUUGCUUCUCUAGCACAUGUGUCGAAAGCACUUCUGA